AUGGCUCAACCUUCUCGUGUACACUUUUACGCAUCUCGCAUCGCUCCAUUUGUCCUCCUCACAGCAUGCACCUCUACCGCACUCAACACGACCUCUCUUCGCAAACAUCGAGCAGCCGAUCGAAAGCUGCACGAGGUUCAAGUCAGAUUUCUUCGAGAUCUCCUAGACGACGUCGAAGAUGAUGGCAUUCGCGCUGCCGACAUUGCUGCGGAUGGUUACGGCGUGACGAUUACAUCAAUAGCUGACACUAGCAGCAGCAACGAACGAGUGUACGAAACAGACUUGAAGAAGUCAUAUGUGGCUCGAUCCAUCUCUCUGGAUCCCUCGCAGCUCUCCUUGCCUGGCAUACCCAGCACCUCUUCCAUGUCCUCUCUCUCAACACGCGAACUGAGCUGGAGUCAGGUCAUCUUUGGCGAACGAGGCGUGGGGGCUAUAAGGGAAGGGAUCGACAAAGCUGCGGGCAAGAUCAGAGAGGAGUUUAGCUUUGGGGGGGCUCGGAAGAGUGGAGAGGCCGGUCAGGUCGACCGAGCUGCUACGGCCAGAGAGGAGCAGGAGGAGUGGAACAGAGGUGAGUGUGAAUCGAGCGCGUGUUGGUGCAGGCAGCAAGAGUAGCGCCCGCGCGGAUUCGUCCUCGGGCAGCUCGGCUAGGCUAGGCUUCCACUCCACUCAACCUCGAAACGUGGGCCUGCCCUCGAACAAAGGGCGCGUGUACACAGCACAUCAUCUCAGCGCAAAUCAAAAGGCAGACAAGCUGACGUUCGUGCUGCCUCUCACAACUCGUUCAGAGAUCCUCUCCGAUCCUUCAAGUAGCGGCACUCCAAUUCCACCACGUUCUCAACCCCUCGGCGCGAGCGCCUCUGACGCAACACAUCGCACACCGCACCGAGGCAUUUCAACGGGAUCAGACGAGCACAGGGAAUCGGGACAAGCAGCGAACAAGUCGCCGAGCAGGGGUGGAAGAGAAGCGGAAUCUCUAUCGAGAAAGUCGGAAUUGGAGGCGGAGAGCGCUUCCCGGCCGAGGACGUUCUAUUGA